AUUAACCCAUUAUAUUAUCCACUUAGCCCCUCCAAUUUUAUUUUUCCAGGCAACGCUUCUGCUCGUUCCUGGCCGAAUUAAUGGUUGGCUGCUUGCAGUGAAUAGUGAUAAUGGCAGUUUAAGGAUUACAGUUGCAAAGAAAAAACGAAUUACUUGAAUUAGCAGAGCCCACAAAAAUCUGUGGAAGAAACCCACUAUUAUUGCAGUGUUCUUGUAUUAAUAUCUGAUUUUUGACAUGGGUUUUGUGGCAUCUGAUGUCUUUUCUUGUUCCACUCAAACAUCUAUACUAAGCAACACUAUUGGAAGAAUCCAUCAGUAUCCUUUAAAGGGUGUUUUUUUCUUGAAAAAAGUUACCAAGUUUGGGUAUUGUGAGUUGGGUUUUAAGCCUUUAUUAACAGUGAGUAAUGUAGCAGUUCAUCAGACGGGUAGUGCUGAAAACCAAGCUAAUGAUAAACCAAGGUAUAAGUGGGUUAAGAUAGGGUCUGAUAUUACUGAGGAACAGAAAAAGGUUAUCUUGAAUCUUCCACCAAAGAUGAUAAAUAGAUGUAAGGCAUUAAUGCAACAGAUCAUUUGCUAUUCACCUGAAAAGGGUAGUGUGUCACUCUUGUUAGAGGCCUGGGUGAAGAGUAUGAAGCCUGAGAGAGCUGAUUGGCUUGCGGUACUCAAAGAAAUGGACAGGCUGAAUCAUCCCAUGUAUUUGGAGGUAGCUGAAUUAUCCCUCUUAGCAGAAUCAUUUGAAGCCAAUAUUCGUGAUUACACCAAGAUAAUUCAUGGUUAUGCAAAGCAGAAUCGGCUGAAAGAAGCUGAAAGUGUGUUCUUAUCCAUGAAGAGUAGAGGCUUCACAUGUGAUCAGGUGAUGCUGACAGCUUUAGUUCACAUGUAUAGCAAGGCUGGUAACCUAAAGUUGGCUGAAGAUACUUUUGAAGAGAUGAGGUUGCUUGGAGUACCAUUGGAUAAGAGGUCCUUUGGGUCAAUUAUCAUGGCCUACGUCAGAGCUGGAGAGCUUGGUCAAGGAGAGGCUUUACUGAAGGAAAUGGAAGAACAAGAGAUCUAUGCUGGAACAGAAGUUUAUAAAGCACUUCUGAGAGCCUAUUCGAUGAGUGGUGAUAGCAAAGGAGCUCAAAGGGUUUUUGACACACUCCAGUUGGCAGGAAUAAUACCUGAUGCGACAAUUUGUGGUCUGCUUAUGAAUGCCUAUAUUUUAGCUGGUCAAUUGAGUGAAUCUUGUAUUACAUUUGAAAAUAUGAGAAGAGUUGGCAUAGAGCCAAAUGACAAGUGUAUCGCAUUGCUAUUGACAGCUUGUGAAACAGAAAACAAACUGAGCAAGGCACUUGACGUUUUGAUGGAUUUAGAGAGGGAUGGUAUUGUGCUUGGCAGAGAAGCUUCUGAAUUAUUGGCUCGUUGGUUCAAGAGACUUGGGGUAGUUGGAGAAGUGGAGCUUGUUCUGAGAGAUUACGCAUCAAACUGUGCAUUACUAAACUGAUGCCUUUUGCUAUAGCCCGGAGUUUCUCUCCGUUGUAUCUAUUUGAGAAACAGUCUUGGUUUCCUAUCUUCAGGUAUGUAAACUUUCUCCACUAAAGAAACUGGUUUGCCAAAACCCAUCUUCAGUAACUGCAGCCCAUUCCCACUUCGCAAUAAGAAAAAAAUGGGUAGAUAAUCAAAGAAAACUGGAGACGAGUUUACCUUUUUUCAAUCUGACUUGGUGAAUAUACUCGUAAAUAGGUGUGUGCGCAUAUUUUCAAGCACAAGAUAGUCUCGUCUUAUGCACCGACACAUAUGUCAAGCUUUUUGAACCAAGUGGUUUAGUUUAGAGUUUUGGCUUUGGUUCAGGUAUCUUCACCCUUGCUGUACGUCGAUACAAAUUACAAUAUACUGCCCAGGAAAGUAUCACAAGUCACAGCUGCUUGUAUCAACAAAACAAGCAGAGGCAUGUUUUUCAUAUUUCUGCUAAGAGGUUGAGGGCCUAAUACAAUUAAGAGAAGAGUUCUUCAUGUUCUUGAGGAUGUAUGCAAGUGUUCAUGACUAUACCCCCCCAUAAGUGUUGGUUGAUCAUCUUCUUUCAGCUUCAGUUUUGGUCAUGUGAAACCAUUUCCUGUAGUAUUUCAGUUACUUUGGAAUUGAGGUGUAAUUAUUCUUAUGGUAAAAGACUUAUUACAGAUCAAUAAAUAGAUUGUUGUUUAAGUUGAUGGAUACAAUUGGUAGC